AUUUCUAAUUCGGUACUCGCUCAUUGCGGACGUAUUUUAUUAUAAUAAAACCGAUCACUUUUACUGUCACAUUCGGGGAAUAAAAAAGUAUAAAAAAAAAAACCAUCGUCCACUCCGCCGCGUUUUGUUGAGCUGCAUUAAAAUAACGAUGCAAGAACAUUUGAAUUUUAAAUUACAAAAUUUCGGAAAAUAUUAUUUUAAUUAAAAUGUUCGAAACAUUUCUUUAGUUUCGCGUCACUAUAAGUUCCCUUUUUUUUUAAUUAAAAAUAAAUAUCAGUAUAUUUAAAUUUAAGUGGAGUCAUGAAACUAUAAAUAAUAUUUUCAAUGGCGUUUAGUGUCUGUGUUAUUUUCUUGGUUAUGCUGACGACCGCUUCCAUCGCCGAAGGAUACAGUCCGAGAGACUGCGGCGUUCCUAUAAGAAGACACACCCGACAGCCUCGGGAAAGGAGUGCGGGCCAGCUUCGCAUCAUCAAAGGCAGGGAAUCCAAGCGCGGAGCUUGGCCUUGGCAGGUGUCAUUGCAGCUCCUGCACCCAAGUUACGGGCUGAUUGGACAUUGGUGUGGAGGAGUUCUAGUGCAUCCAACAUGGCUGCUCACAACAGCUCAUUGUGUACACAAUGAACUCUUCAACUUACCAGUGCCGGCUCUGUGGACGGCCGUGCUGGGAGAGUGGGACCGGGCUGAGCAGAAAGGCUCAUUCGUACCCAUAGAGAGGAUAGUUCUGCAUCAUCGUUUCCACAAUUACCAGCAUGAUAUUGCACUAAUGAAACUCGCUAGAGCAGCUGACGUGAGCGCCAGGAGUCGAAUAAGAACCAUUUGCUUACCAGCAUUCGAGCCGCCAGUAGCCACUUACGAUACAGAGAAACCCAACAGCUUCUACGUCAAAUCUGAAUCCAAUCCAGAGCCGACCAGAAAGAAGGCUCCAAAGCCACCAAAACCUAACCCAGAUACAGCAUUGAAAUACCUUGAAAAACUCAACAAUUUGACGAAAAAUAUAUUUUCUGGCUUCGUCAACAAAAAACAUAAGAACAUGAGGUAUAACGUGAGAGUUUCUAACGACUCUCAAAAGCAUACUGAGAGAAAAGAGGAAGUCAGAAGAACCGAUGGAGAUGCAAGGAGUGAUUCAGUAUAUGACGGGGCAUCCCUAGAUAGUGUUGUCAAAAUCAUCAAAGCUAAACUUCUAAAAGACAAACAGCUAUACAAUAAUGACAGGGAUGAGAAAAAGCUAGCUUUUGGAGAGGAAAUAGAUCCCUUUAUAGACGAUAACAAUGGAAUCGAUUUUAAAGAUGAAUGUUACACAACUGGAUGGGGCAGAGAACAAACUAACGGAAGUUUGACUGAUGUUUUAUUGGAAGCAGAAGUUCCUAUAUUACCGUUAAGAGUGUGCAGAGACAGGUAUGCCCUGACUCUGCCAUUGAACGAUGGUCAUCUUUGCGCUGGAAGCACUGACGGAAGCACGGGAGCUUGUGUGGGAGACAGUGGUGGUCCUCUCCAGUGCCGUUCGGGUGGUGCUGGGGGUGGAGGACGGGCGGGAGGACGCUGGGAGCUCCGCGGGCUCACCUCCUUCGGUUCUGGAUGCGCUCGUCGGGGCGUACCAGACGUCUACACUAACGUCGCGCACUACGUCUCCUGGAUAUACGCUCAUGUAUACACAACGUAAUCCGUGAUUCUCUUACAAAAACUUCUCUGAUACGUACUUGUGGGUAGUUAACAAUUAUUUAGCAUCUACAUUUUUUUUAUUGCUUAGAUGGGUGGACGAGCUCACAGUCCACCUGGUGUUGAGUUGGCACCGUGGCCCAUCGACAUCUAAAACGUAAAUACCGCCACCCACCUUGAAAUUUGAGUUCCAAAGUCCCAGUUUUUACAGUACAACAGCUGCCCCACUCUUCGAACCGAAACGUAUUACUGCUUCACGGCAGAAAUAGGUAGGGUGGUGGUACCUACCCGUGCGG